CUUCACUUCACAAACCUCAAGAUAUUUCGCUAUGCUCUACAGGAAGCGCGUGCCCGAGUUUCAAGCCAUCGUUAUGGCAGGCUAUGGAAAUGGGUUAUACCCUUUGACAGAAGAAAACAACAUGCCCAAGGCCCUCCUUCCAGUUGUCAAUCAGCCCAUGAUCUCAUAUCAGCUUGCUUGGCUGGAAGACUCGGGAGUUUCAGAUGUUAUUGUGGUCAGUUUGACUUCGGGAUCAAAGAACCUGGGACAUUAUCUUGACAGAGUCUAUGAGGGGCAAUUGCACAUCACCCUGGAGGUAGUCGAUGACAAUACUGGAACUGCGGACGCAUUAACCCUGAUUAAGGAUAAGAUCAAGACGGAUUUCAUUGUCAUUAGCUGCGAUUUGUUGACGGCGCUUAUACCCCACCAGUUCCUGGAUAUGCACCGCUCAGAAGAUCCGUCAGUGACAGCCCUUUUCUUUGAGCCUAACAAGAGCGAAGGUGGACCCUCUGGAUCAAGCAAGGUCAAGGAGGUGACACAGUAUGUUGGGAUUGAUGCCAGCAACUCGCAACUUGUCUACCUGAACAACUCGGACGAUAUGGAUUCGGAUGAGUUUUCAUUAAGAAUCUCGCUCCUGGACAAGCAUCCUGUGACAAACAUUAGCCGACUCUUGCAGGAUGCGCACCUGUACGUCUUCAAGCGCUGGGUCAUUGAUCUGAUCUCGGAGGUGUCCGCCAAGAGAACCAUGGCUAGUAUCAAGGAGCAUGUUUUACCAUUGUUAGUCAAGUCUCAGCACCAGCGUACCCUUGCUGAUCGGGAAGGCGUUACCAAAGCUGUCGAGGCAGCUAUGGCAGCUAAUCCAAGCACUCAAAAGUUGGCCUUGGGCCUUUCCACGACUCAGCCCCCAGAAAGUGAUGAUGUCGAGGAUGGAGAAUGGAAGAGCCCAGUCACCUGCAAGGCCUUUGUCCUGCCCAAGGAGAUCUACUGUGGACGCGCCAACACCAUCCCCAACUAUUUUGAGGUCAAUCGCCACUACACAAAGGUUACAGACAAGGUCAGGAAUCCAGGAGCAACGAACCAGGUGCAAACCCAGGUUGGUGCGGAUUCGCUGAUAGGAGAUGACACCAAGAUUGGCGAUCGAUCGUCGGUCAAGAAGUCGACCAUUGGAUCCCAUAUCACGAUCGGAAAAAAUGUCAAGAUUGUCAACUCGAUUAUCAUGGACCAUGCGAUCAUUGAGGAUAACGUCAAGAUCGAAGGCUGCAUUAUCUGCUCGAGUAGUAAAGUGUGUGAAAAGUCGACACUCAAGGACUGCGAGGUUGGCGGCGGCUUCAGGGUGGAGAAGGAUACGACAGCAAGGAACGAGCAGCUCGUUGACUUCCAGGAGCAGUAAAAAUGAGGAGACUUCGAUUCUAAAAGAGGAUGUACUAUGCCAAUAAAUACGCGUUGCGGUGCUUUUGUUUACCGACUUGACACGCGACGUUUGGUGGCAACGAUUCAAACGCC